UUGAGGUUAAACUCAACCAUAUUGCAGACGGUGAAAUUUAUUAAUCAUACUAGUUAAUGUAAUACUGAAAUUCAUAUUAAAAGUGAUUCAAUUUCAUUUGGAUCAAGAUUUAGCAAAGUCUCAGAAGUCAAGAAAGAAGUGGUUAGACACCAAUACAAAAUGAAGCUUACUGUGUAUAAUGAAAUUGUGCAAAUGAUGCAUACAUACAAGUCGAGAGAUUCACUACCAUUGAUAGCAGAGAAAUUCCCUGGUGUUAGCGUGAAUGCACUUGGCAGCAUAUUCUCUCAAGAUUACCAGAAGAAGAUGCGCAAGACCCAUUAUAUCCACUACAGUUCAGAUGCAACAAGCCACUACUAUGACAGGUUUGCUCUAGGCAUGCAGGCUGGUGAAAAGAACAUUUUGAUAGGAAUGUCAGAUGAGUUGGACCUGUCUCCAGCACUGCUAGGAAGAAUCAUUCUGGAGCGCCACCUCUCCGCUACAAAGUAUGAGGGAGAACUGCCACCAAAGUCUGUCGUUACCCAGUACAUGAAGGAGCCUUCCUUGAUCGAGGACCCGCAGCUUGCUAUUGAAAUUCAUCAGUGCAUUUUAGGAGAUGAUCACUAUGGUCCGUUAUGUGACAGCAUAAAGCAUUCUAUUGGACAUGAGUACGAGUUUAAGCUGAACCACAUACUGGACCGACUGGGACUAGCAUACAUAGGUGAAGAUCAGAUGAGAGCUAAAGGCUAUGACAAAACUCCAGAUGUAAAACUAGAAGUACCCAUAGCUGUAGAUGGACGUGUGGUGAAUUGGAUUGAGAGCAAGGCUUCGUUCGGAGACGAGCAUAGUCACAAGGGUUACCUGAAGGAACAGUUCUGGAGCUACUGGAACAGGUUUGGGCCCGGCAUGGUGAUCUACUGGUUUGGAUUUAUUGAUGAGCUUGAUGUGAACCAAGACAAGGGGAUUAUCCUGCGAGACCAUUUUCCUGAUCAUAUCGUUAAAAUGGACCCGAGUAUCAAGUGAACACCCAUUCCAAUAGCGACAUACCUAGGCGAUUAGCUGGACAUACUUGUAUUAGAAGAAAGGUUUUUGGAACUGAGGACAGUGUGAUUUUGCAUCUCUGCCAAAAAAUUAUCCUCAUAUUUGAUCAACUGUUAAUAUAUAGUAUAAGUAUAUAUAAUAUUUAGUUGAACGCGUUCUGGCAUAUGUUUAAAUCGGAUGAAAUACAUGGCAAAGUAAAUGACACUUUUGCCUUAAGGCAAUGAAAACAAGCAACAAUACCAGAGGUUAGUUAUUUCAAUGGGUGUGUCUGCAUGUUUGAUGCAACUUUAUCUUAUUUUGGCAUGGAUAUCUGACAGUAAUUCUGAAGGUAUUAUGGUACAGAUGACAUUGAAAGUUAAUAGUCAAGGCCAUGAAUCUAUUGCCACCAGCCUAAAUAGUCCGGGAAUUUCAUUUGUUGUUGAUAGUGCUGACUGCUGACUCUCAAUGGGACUUCAGCUACAUGUAUGUAAAAGAUGAAAACAAGGAGCCUUUCCAGCAUGAGGAGGAUAAUCCUAUUUCUCUGCAUAAUUUGUUUUUUCACCUGAAACUAUGAUGCCAUAAUGAUAUUUCCCACUAGUGUCAGAUGUACUCGAAGUGUAAGACCUAUAUAUUAUGUGAUUCAAGUGAACAUGGGAACAUAUGUUGUACUAAGCUGAUAUUACGCAGUCAACAAAUAAUGUAGUUGUCAGAUUGUGAAAGCCAUACAUUUACACUAAUUAUGUAUGUACAAUAACAUGUAAGACUAUAUAUUUUGUGAAUGACACUUUUGUGAUCGGAAUGCUUUGCAAACACAUUAGUUUAAACUGUCAGGAAUGGACAUUGCCUUUAGAAGAGUACCCAUAUGAUACAAUCUUUUUCAUCUUGUCAAAACAUGAAUAAUGUAGGUCAUAAUGGCAGGAUGUAUUAUUAUUGAAACAAUUCAGAGAAUUAAUUUAUUGUAAUAAGUAUGAUUGGGUUGGUAAUUUGGUGGAUGGAGAGGUAUUUUCUUGUAUUAUUGCUCUGGCUUUUAUUGUUAAAUAAACUUAACUGUUAACAGUAGAAGAAAAUUGACGAUGCUAAACACCGCUUGUGUUCAAACAAAUCAUGUAUUGGUUUCUAUUUUGCAAUAUUCAAAUGAAUUUUUAUGUAAUAAAUUUAUG